AUGGAACGACGUAAAGCGCGAUGCGUUUGGGUGUUUCACAUGAAACAACGCACACACAGUGGUGCUUUUAUUGUGAGGUACAGAGUAUGCGAACCUGACCUGGCAUUGAAGUUGGGGUUACGAGAGUUUGAGUUUGAGUCAUGUGGGAUGAGGAAACCCGAACUCGCAUAUGCGAAACACGAGGUUCACCCACAGCCCUGA